AUGGGGGGAAACGCCAGCACGGAGGCGUCUGUUGGGUCUCCACUGUCGGAUGCCGAUAGCACCGCCCAACAACAACAACAAAAAGAAGAUGCGGAGAAGCGCCGUCGCUACGCCCAUCUCACUUCUGCCGCCGCCCAACACCAACAAAAAGGCAGUAGCUAUAGAAAUAAUAAUAAUAGUAAUAGUAAUAGUGGUGGGACUCAUCAUAAGAAUAUUAUUGAGACGGUGUAUGAUGAGGACUUUGACACUAUUGAUCACAUGCAGGCCGUUCGCUUUCCACCAAUGGUCGUGAAACAACUGCAGGACGCCGUGGACUCCGAGGCGGAGCGGCGCUGCGCAGAUGCGGAGAAGACAAUGGCCCGAUGUCUGCAGGAUAAAAUGUGGACAUCGUGGAAGUGCCAGAAGGAACGGGAUCGAUAUUAUCACUGUGCGGCGAAGGAACGGGAAAACCCAUCGCGAUUGAUGGAAUACCGUUGGAAGUAUAAUUUGGGAACUUUUCAUGGUGAGAUUAUUGGUAGAAAUAAUAUGAUGAGACGUGUCUGGGCGGAACACUUUCCAGAGCGGGAAUUACCUCAUCCAUGGGUGAAGGAUCAGUAA